AUGUCCAAUCUGAUUUUUGGUGGAGCAGACAACCAAUCUUCUCCGAAAGGCCAGACGGGCCGAUCAAAGCUACCCAAAAGCCUGCGGGUGCUGUUAGGAUCUACCAGCAAAACUAUCAAAGCACCGGGUCUGUCCAAUGCUCGGACUGCCCAAGCUUGUGAUCGAUGUCGGGCGAAGAAACUGAGAUGUGACGGAAAGUUCCCGGCUUGUUCCUUGUGUGCAGCAGCUGGUCUCAAGUGCAUAGUAUCCGACAAGCUUUCCCGUAGGGCGUUUCCAAAAGGAUAUACAGAAACAUUGGAAGAGCGUGUGCGCCAACUAGAAGCGGAGAACACAAAACUACAAGGUUUGGUGGACUUGCGAGAUGAGCAAUUGGCAAUGACCGGCGCAAGUGGCGCUCACGCCUCCCAAAACAAUAACAUUGAUAGAAAACUAUCGAUCUCCACUUUCGGUGGACCUAAUUUGGGUACUGGAAAGAUAUCUCCUGCGAAUGAUGGCCUACUUUCCACUCACAAUCAUGAUGAAUCGUGCAACUGCUGUGCGGCACCGCAUGCUGUCCACGAAAGACCCGUUUCCCUCGCAGGAUCACUUUAUCAUGAUGGAAGCAUGCGUCUUUCGCUGUCAGUCAUGAGUGAUGAAGACUUCGAUACAAAUAGCUUGCUCAGUUUGGAAGACACUCAAUCCUUGGUGGAGAGUCAGAUCUUUAGUCAAAGUUAUGGACUUCAGCCCAUUAAAGAAUGUGGACCUGCCCCUGGAGCUUUCGCAGCUGCUACGGCGAUAGAGCAAAUGCAAAGGAAAGAUCAGACAGAAGACACAUUGAAGGAAGAAAACAAGCAGAGGCUACUUACUGGGUUGGUUACUGCAUCUAUUCCAAGAAGUACAGAAGAAACACUAUUCAUUCCCACGCUUCUAGCUCGAAUCUGUCAACUGUACGGAUACAAUUCGAAACCUGCAAUUACGACUGCUCACAGUUUGGCAGCUUUGAAAGAAAAUAUCAACUUGUCUCCAUCGCCAGACGAUAUUGACGCAAUAACAAAACAUGAGGACAUAUUAAAAAUAAUUAUGGACAAGGACAGCCCAGUACUCUCCAAGAAUGAAGGGUUGAAAUUCAUCAGAUUGCUUGAUUUUCCUGCUCGUGCUGAGCUAGAUCAGCUAUUGACUAUAUUUUUCCUGACUUGGGGUAGCAUAUUGCCGGUAUUAAACAAGCAAAUGUUCUUAAAAAAUUAUCUUAAAUUACUAGAAAUUCUUGAAAGUGGGCAUUCAGAUGACACCCAACUAGUAUUGGAUUGUGAGCUGUUCGAAAAGUUCGGUGCCAUAAUGGUUUUGGUAGUAAGUCUUGGCACAUUCUCCAAUAGAUAUGCCGACAUGAAUUCAAGUAAGAUGAAGCUAUCUCAAUCCCGACAACGACUUGGCAGAUACCAUCAGCUAAUCCACGAGUUUAUCAAAGCAAAUUGCAUCAUCACGAAGUAUGGAUCAAUGCAAUCGCUUCAAAUAUUGACACUUGCCUUACAGUAUUGUUUUGCAGUUGGGGAUAUCAACACAUGCUAUGAAUUAAGAGGAAGAGUCAUCACCAUGGCUCAGCAAAUGCGACUUCAUAGGUGUCCUGCUGCAGUAUUGGGUCUAAGCAAUAGUGUUGCAAAUAUAAGUUUGCAACAUGCUAUGCAAGGAGAAAGGCGUAUUUUAUUCUGGUGUAUUUAUUGUCUCGAUGUCUACUCCUCACUCAACCUAGGCAUUCCUAGGCUCCUCAAAGAUUACGAAAUCGAAUGUGCUAUGCCAUUUAGUGGGAAAAACGAUGAUGAUGACGAUGAGAAAAAUAACGAAAACAUAUUAAUCAUCAACAACACAAGCUUAACCAUAUUUGGUAAGGUUUCAAAAGAAUCACUUGCAUUUAUGCAAUACUGCAAAGUUUUAGGUAACAUCAUGGAUUCUAUUUUUUGCAGAUCUGAGGAUGUUGAGGUUCUGAGCAAGUCUAUGGAGAAGGAGCGUAUUUUAGACUGCUGGAGAAGAGACUUGCCUCCUGAAUUGAAGUUUGAGAUAGAUGUGAAUGGAUUAUCUUUGCAAGUCGAUUCCCGGAAACAGGCUGCGGAUUUUGAGGAAGUUUCAUGGGAUACGUAUUCUAAAGCCCAAAUUAAUUUGAUCUUUCUUUACUACCAUGCCAAGAUUUUGAUCUACUUACCAAUUAUUUCAAAGUAUGGGUACCAUCAUAAUGCGGGUAUGUCAAUGAAAGAAAAGCUUUCAAUGAGAGAGACUGAUGUGGCUACUGUUGUCUCCAGUAUGACGAUGAUUCAGCAAUCAUCCAUCCAAAUUUUAAAGCUUCUCAACCAUACGGCCUCAAAAUCAGCGUACGUAUUGCCUAUUCCAAUCAAUAUUCCUAGAGCAAGAGCAAGAUUCUCUCUUUUGGUUGCUAAAGGAAGUCUUGAUUACAUAAAAGGUGGACCUUUACAUCAUCAUCUGAAACAACUUCUUUUGGAAACUCUAUUGUCUUUUCAAUUGGAAACAGAAAAUGAACUCUCCGGUGGCCUUACUAAAAACACUCUCAAACUACUUGACUUUUCUAUCCUCAGUAUAUUAGGAGUCAACAUGAAGAAAAUUUCGCAGUCGGGCGAUUUGAGGAAGAAGGUGGCGUUCAAAGCUUCAGGGUUUAAGAAGCUGGCCCAGGAUAUUGCACUUUCAAGAUCUUUUGAUUCUUCUCGGAUGCCGAUGGUACAUCAUCAGGUCAUUAAAGACCUAGAUGAACUUGCAUCUUCCCAACAAUCAUUGCAAUAUGGGUCACAAAGACAGUUCCCGAGUCCAGAAACUCUGUCAUCAGAUACGGGUGAGCGGGGUAAAUCUGAGUCCGUUGGACCGCAGCUGUGCUCAAGUAGCGACAUGAUAAGCGAGGAAAGAUUGUUCGAGCUUUUUCCCUUGGAGCAUUUGGAUGAUGGGUUUGACGAAAUGCUCAAAUUUGAUCCCUUCAAGAUGCAUAGCAACGAAAUGAUUAUGUCUGAUUUCGUAGCAGACGGCUCUCUCGGGUUAGUACCAUUUCUCAACGAUAGAGAGGUAUACAAAGAAGAUGACGAUGAUAGAUUAAGUGAUAAGAUGGAUGAAGAUGGUGCAUUUUUACUCCAGUAA